AAUAGAUAGUAAGGGAGAUGAUAUCACCACUCAUCAGCAUUAACAGCCUCAAUAUCUAAACAGAAAUAUGAUCCUUACUAUCAAAUUUCUGUAUCUCGCUGUCUCUAGUUAUCGAUCAAUUCCUCUUGUUUUACGACAAUCAUCAAUGCAGUAUCCGAAUUACCUGCAGUUAUACCAGCAAUUAUGUUCUAUACCACAGGAAAUACUUAUCGAAGUUAUGGAAUUCGCGCCCUUACUCGCAACGCUCAAUAGAUCAUUUUAUUCUAUCGGUAGAUCAACAUUAAUGAGGAGUCUGAGAGAUCCAUUCUUAACGAUAGGCACUAUCCCUGCGAUUGAGCCAGAAGAUGACUAUUCUUCUUUAUAUCUUACUAAGUUUGCGAACGAGCCGUCGAAAGCGACAUAUGUCGAAAAUUUAACGUUAUCCGCACUUUCUAGCAAUGAUUUUAGACACCUCAACAAUUUCACUAAUCUCAAAAAGCUUCAAAUGAUCGUACAUUGGAUUACUUUAAAUCAAAUCCUGCACAAUGUGCAGAUAGACUCAGUGAAGCAUGUCACUAUACAGUUUGGCUCAUUAAAGGUUCUUCUCUAUUCACUACGGAGGUAUGCCUUACAUACAAGCUUUCCUAACAUUGAGACAUUAUGUUUACAUGUUAAUAUCGGCUUUAACGAGACAUCGAAGGACUUAGAACGUUAUUUAGAUAGUAAUCAUGGUUUGUCUAAGCUCAAAGCAGUUGUUCUUCUCGAAAUGGACGUAUCUAAUCGGAAAUUUGGAUUCUUUGACUACCGGAAGCAGCUGGAGAAAGUCCACAUAUAUACACACACGGAUGAACUAUUUGUAAAAAUAAGUGAGGAAUAUGAGAAAUUACAGCUCCUCAGACAUAUCUAUCGAUGGGAUAACACAAAGCGAAGUUUUUGGGAAUAUUUUUUCGGAAAGAGUAAUAGAUGGCCCAACGGAAUGAAACGUGAACUUUUAUCGGAAGAGUAAUUGAGUGAGACAUUACAGUUUUGGUAUCCUCAGUUUCUUUGUCAAAAAGCCAUUCCGUCUCAUCAGUACCAACAAAAUCCAUUGAUUUGGAUUAAGGUAAUUAUAGCUGAUUGUAAUUAUUGAGAAUUAUACGCAUGUGGGAAUUCGUGACAUUUUUAGAGGCGGUGAAUGUGACUGCAUGGCUUAUGGAAGAUCGAAAUUAUGCCAUCUGCAAAUACAUUAACUUCAAGCUACUCUAAUAAUUCUUUGUCUCCUGCCUAUCGACUUCUAUGAUCUCAUGAUUAUAGAUAGCAAAGAAAGAAAUACAGAGAUAAACAAGUUUUCGAUUGAGCAUAUGAUUGAUUACUCCAUGCGAAGACUAUGUGUUUCACAAUAAUUAUAAUACUUAUAUUAGUCACACCAUUUACAUUGAAUAUUGCUCAAUAACAAUGAUGCUUUGGGAGACUUUAUCAUAAAACACCUGUAAUAAUGAAAGGAAUUUGAAGGCUAGUCUUUCAUUAAUGAUAAGGAUUAUUGGAACUAUGUUAUUCGGUGGAGACGUGAGGUAUAUAUGAUCUUGAAGGAACUAAAAAGCCCACCUUAACGAAGUUCUACUUACGUUAAGAAGGACCUUAGAUAAUGAUAUCGAAGAUUUAAAUGGUAAUGAUGAGUGCAUUAUCUGUUUGCAUAAGGCUGUAAUGAAGGUAUUGAAGAGGUCACAUCUUUUGAACUACAUCGUAAUCUCCUUUAAUCAAACUACUGAUCUAAUCUACUAGUCAAUGAAAUUUAUAAAAUAAACUAGUUGGAGAAAGCACUUUCUUCUAGCGAACAUAUUUUAAGAAGUAUAUUUCGCUAGAACGUCUAAAAAGGAUCCAUAGAUACAAUUGUUUAUGGAGAGUCAAAAAUGAAGCAUGUACGUCUAUUAGAGAGUAAAUUAGGUAAAAUAAUAUCCAUCUAUAAGUCUAUAACCGUAUAACUCUAUCUAACUUAAACAACUAACUAAAAUGACUCGAAACUCCUGCGAAUGUUUGAUGAUAAUACAUCUCUAAGUGAAGGUCGCUUUCUUGCUUUAAGGUGUGAUAUAAACAUUGGAAUGCUUGAACAUUCUAUAAGUGAACGGGAAAUUUCGAAAGCUUGCUGAAAUCCUGAAGGAUGCACAGGUUGUCGAUU